AUGGCAGAGCGUCAGCAGGAACGCGCGUCGCCGUCACAACCGCAACAGCAGCAGAGCCAACCAGGAGCGCCCAUGGCGACGGACGUGCAAACGGAGGCGCGCGCAGCAUCAGUCGAGGCGGUGCAGGCGGCGCAGGAGGCGGAAGAGGCGAGCAAGCGCGCGUACGUGAAGCAGGCGCAAGCGCAGGAGAAGAUGCAGGUGGCGGCGCAGGUAGCGGCGCAGCAGCAGCAGGCGGCGCGGCAGGCGGCGAGCAUGGCGGCGAGCGAGGCAGCGCGCGCUGUGAGGGAGGACGAGCGCGCAGCGGGGCGGCAGCAGUGUUGGAAGGAAACGGUGGUGGGGCGGUGGUAUGCCCCCAACCCACCGAGGGCACUUCGGUGCCUUCGAUCCCUUUGA